AUGCUGGUAGACCCUUUGGUGCUGAAGAAGAAGCUCAAUAGGAUGGCAACAGAACAUGGGGCCUUUGCUGUUCUUAGCAGCCUGCUGCUGUAUGUCACUGAGCUCAUGGCUGGCGAUCCAGAGAUCAGCAACAAGAGGACCAAAUGGGCAGAAGGUAAAGAAAACAAGGUGAGUUAUAACCAGACGUGUCCAGGUCCAGUCAGGGCUCAAUAUCCAAGCAGAUUUCAGCUGUUGCGGUCGAGGUUUCUAAACAACAAUCGUGAGCCAUACACCAAGAAGAGAAGAGAAGUUGGCAAACUGGUCAUUAAAGAGAAACUGUGGGUGAGCAGGGCUGGUAACAAGCUGGACAGAAGCAGAGACAGGAAAGGAGACGGAAAAGAAGGGGAGGAGGAUGCAGACACAGCACCCAGUGACAGGGCCAGGUGGAGCGGAGCGACUGGAAAAAACACAGUCAAGGACAUCCUGAAGAAAUUUUUAGCUGCUGAAGAAAAAGAAGCCAAGGAAAAGUCUCCCGGCUGGAAAAAGAAAGGGGCAAACAGUGGUUUGCCAAAAAUAGUCAAUAAGAAUUCGGUCCUGUCCAAACUGAAGGAACAGUUUGAACAAAGCACUCUCUGCUCAGCCGCGGAGGUGAAAGCAUCGCUCCUGCGCAAAGUGCUGAAGCCUCGAGAAAGAAACUCUUCAGAGGAGAGGAAGCAAAAGACACCAGUAGCAGAGGACACCAGGUCACCUGAAGAAAAGGCUGUGAAAGAGGAUGAUAAACAUCAGUGUUCUGGGAACUAUCAGUUACCUCCUUCAAGUAAAUCACUAAAGCCAGAAAAAAGAACUCCAGGAGAAGAAAACCAAGAAACUACAUCUGAAAGUCACCUUGUCAAAGAAGGAGUUUUAAUUCUUCUUAUUAGAAUUUAAUUUCUAUUGGAAGCAAUUUUAAUUAUUUUUUUGCUAAUCUCUUACAAGAAACUAGAG